AUGCCGUCCCCGCUGCUGCUGCGAGCUCUUCUGCUGCUGCUCGUGCCGUCCUGUCACGCCGAUAGCGCGGCCGAAGGACCUGCAGACCCGCUCUCCCUACCCAAGGGAGCUUGUGCAGGCUGGAUGGCAGGAAUCCCAGGGCAUCCUGGCCACAACGGGACCCCAGGCCGUGAUGGCAGAGACGGAAGCCCCGGAGAGAAGGGAGAGAAAGGAGAUGCAGGUCUUGCUGGUCCUAAGGGUGAUACUGGUGACAUGGGAGUGAUUGGGGCUGAAGGUCCCCGAGGCUUUCCAGGAACCCCAGGCAGGAAAGGAGAGCCCGGAGAAGGUGCUUACGUGUACCGCUCAGCAUUCAGUGUGGGGCUGGAGACCCGCGUCACUGUCCCCAAUGUUCCCAUUCGUUUCACUAAGAUCUUCUACAACCAGCAAAAUCACUACGAUGGCACCACUGGCAAGUUCCACUGCAACAUCCCAGGGCUGUACCACUUCUCCUACCACAUCACCGUAUACAUGAAAGAUGUGAAGGUGAGCCUCUUCAAGAAGGACAAGGCUGUUCUCUUCACAUAUGACCAGUAUCAGGACAAGAACGUGGACCAAGCCUCCGGUUCUGUGCUCCUCCAGCUGGAGGUGGGCGACCAAGUGUGGCUGCAGGUGUAUGGGGAAGGGGACCAUAAUGGACUCUAUGCAGAUAACGUCAACGACUCCACCUUCACAGGGUUCCUUCUCUACCAUGAUACCAACUGACCACAAGCAACUCGGAACUUCCACCAGCUCAAAUAGGAGUGACCAAGCUUUCAGAAUAGCUUAGGGCUUUGAUUUUGUUGUUUAGUUUGCUGAUGAUGAAUAUCAUUCAUUCAUCCACUCACUCAUCCAUUCAAAUAUCUUUCUACAAAAGUCACAUGCUGUAUUCUUAGUUCUGAAGAAGACCUGUCUCCUGGUCUCCAGGAUCUCUUAUGUAGAAUCCAUAACAGAUAAAAGUAACACUUACUGGGGGAGUUUUGCCCAUGGGCAAUAGUUGGCACUGCUGUUUGGUGCUCACUGUCUCUUUUUAUGUUCAUGCCAGUCUUAUAGGAUACACAUGAAGAUUAGUAUCUCCUCUUUUAACAGUUGAGGUCCUUAGGCUGAGGAGGUUAAACAAUUGUCUAAAGUCACACAGGUAUCAAAAAGUGACAUAGCUAAAAAUUAAACUCUGAGCCAUGGACUGUUUCCAUUAUAUUUUAUCAUUUCAAAAACAUACAAAUUUCAUUGGGGUGUUAGCAGGGAUAUCUUGCCCACCUCAAGUCAAGACUUCUUCCCUAUAGAGCUCCCUCAAAGUAGGUGGGAUUGUUUUUUUCCUUCUUUGUUUUUCAAUGUAAGGUCUCACUCCAGCCCAGCUGACCUGGAAUUCACUAUGUAGUCUCAGGCUGGCCUUGAACUCACAGUGAUCCUCUUACCUCUGCCUCCCAAGUGCUGGGAUUAAAGACAUGUGCCACCUUGCCUGGCAAAGUAAGUGUUUUUUCCCCCCCCUAACCACUUGCUGGCCUCUGCCCUGCUCUGGGCUUCUGUUUCUUUCUGCUCACUCCCUUCCCUCCAGCUGAGAAAACUGCUUCUACCUCCACAUGUUGAAUUUGUCCCUGCCCCUCAAAGCAACUUGGAUAGGAGCUUCUCUGAUGUGAUCUCUUUUGUGUCCUUAGUGUUGUGCCACAGAGGAGAACCCUACAUGCGGGACACGUCCUCUAUUAGACUUUCUAUUAGGACCGAGCUGCCUUCUUGCAAUACUUUGUGGGGUUUUGAUAAAUGCCUCAUAAAGUGCAAUCUCCUGACUCCCAUAUCUGCCCAGAAUUCACUUCAUUUUAAUCUCCUCACAACUCAUUCUUAUCACAGAAUCCUUUUCAUUUAGGAAGCCCCUGGAUUUAAGCUCCAUGUCCUUACUCAAAAGCUUGACAGGGCUAGAGAGCUGGUUUAGCCAUUAAGGUGCUUGUCUGGGAAGCCAAAGGCCUCAGGUUC